AUGCCGCGGUCUGCAAGGAACCCGGGAAACCUGGGCGCCCUACCUGAAGACCUGGUCCACAGUCCCAGGGACACCAGGAGCAGAAGGAUCACCCGAGGCCGGAAUGCCUGCAGGAUGGCACAGGGGUCCUCACCAAACACAAGUCCUGACAACUUCCUGUUUCCUGUCAAUGCCCCCAGCCUGAUUCACUGCAUGCUGGGAUCCUGGAUCAACAACCUGGCCUGCACCCUAAGGACUCGAACCCAACAUGUUCUGUUCAACACAUGCAGAUUCAAGCUGUUCUGCCAGAUGAUCAUGGAGAAGACAAGCAUUCUGGUCCUCUGUGGGUUCGGAUUCUGGGUGUUUUCUAUGUACUUACCAUCGAAAAUGGAAGUCUGGCAGGAUGACAGCAUAAAUGGUCCGCUGCAGAGCUUGAAGAUGUACCAGGAGAAGGUGCGACAUCACACUGGGGAAAUCCAGGACCUCCGAGGUAGCAUGAACCAGCUCAUCGCCAAGCUCCAGGAAGUGGAAGCCAUGUCAGACGAGCAAAAAAUGGCCCAGAAAAUAAUGAAGAUGAUACAAGGAGAUUACAUCGAAAAGCCGGACUUUGCCCUGAAGUCUAUAGGGGCCACCAUCGACUUUGAGCACACGUCACCCACAUACAACUAUGACAAGGCUCGCUCCUACUGGAACUGGAUCCGACUGUGGAACUACGCACAGCCCCCGGACGUGAUCCUCGAGCCCAACAUGACACCUGGCAACUGCUGGGCCUUUGCGGGAGACCGCGGCCAGGUGACCAUCCGUCUGGCCCAGAAGGUCUUCCUGUCCAACCUCACCCUGCAACACAUCCCCAAGACCAUCUCACUGUCGGGCAGCCUGGACACCGCCCCCAAGGACUUCGUCAUCUACGGCAUGGAAGGCUACCCCAGGGAGGAGGUGUUCCUGGGGGCAUUUCAGUUUCAGCCAGAAAACAUCAUUCAGAUGUUCCCACUCCAGAACCAGCCUGCCCGGCCUUUCAGAGCCGUCAAGGUGAGGAUCUCCAGCAACUGGGGAAACCCACGCUUCACCUGCCUGUACCGUGUGCGCGUCCACGGCUCCGUGGCCCCGCCCAGAGACCAGGCUAACUAG